GCUGACUGCAUUUGCGCGCGCUCCCGACGGUGCAGCCAUGGCGGCAGCCUGGGUCCGGCCAAGCCCAUCUCUACGCGAAGCUACUCAACGAAAACUGACGAAGUUUUCAGAACUAAGAGGCAAACCUGUGGCACCUGGAGAAUUUUGGGAUAUAGUUGCAAUAACAGCAGCUGAUGAAAAGCAGGAAAUUGCUUAUAGACAACAACUAUCAGAAAAGCUGAAAAGAAAUGAAUUACCUCUUGGAGUUCAAUAUCAUGUUUUUGUUGAUCCUGCAGGAGCAAAAAUUGGAAAUGGAGGAUCAACACUUUGUGCUCUUCAAAAUUUGGAAAAGCUAUAUGGAGAUAAAUGGAAUUCUUUUAUUAUCCUAUUAAUUCACUCUGGUGGCUACAGUCAACGUCUUCCAAAUGCAAGUGCUCUGGGGAAAAUUUUCACUUCUUUACCACUUGGUAAUCCCAUUUAUCAGAUGUUGGAAUUAAAAUUAGCCAUGUACAUUGACUUCCCCUCACACAUGAAUCCUGGAAUUUUGGUUACCUGUGCAGAUGAUAUUGAAUUAUAUAGUAUUGAAGAAGCAGAGUAUAUUAGUUUUGACAAACCUGGCUUUACUGCAUUAGCUCAUCCUUCUAGUUUGACUGUAGGUACCACACAUGGAGUAUUUGUCUUGGAUUCUUCUAAUUGUUUAAAACAGAGAGCCCUUGAAUACAGAUGUUGCUAUCGCUUCCUUCAUAAGCCCAGCAUAGAAAAGAUGCAUCACUUUAAUGCUGUUUGUAAACCUGGAGACUUCUGUCAACAGGACUUUGGUGGAGGUGACACUGCCUGUCUUCAGUUAGAUUCUGAGUAUGUUUAUACAGAUAGUCUCUUCUAUGUGGAUUGUAAAUCAGCAAAAAAGUUACUUGCUUUUUAUGAAAAUAUAGGCCCACUGAAGUGUGAAAUAGAUGCCUAUGGGGACUUCCUGCAAGCACUGGGACCUGGAGCAACUGUGGAAUACACCAAAGAUACAUCAAAUGUCACAAAAGAAGAAUCAGAGUUGGUAGAUAUGAGACAAAAAAUAUUUCAUCUUCUUAAAGGAACGCCAUUAAAUGUUGUUGUUCUUAAUAAUUCCAAGUUUUAUCACAUUGGAACAACUGAAGAAUAUUUGUUUCAUUUUACUUCAGAUAGCAGUUUGAAGUCAGAGCUUGGCCUGCAGUCCAUAGCUUUCAGCAUCCUUCCAGAUAUACCAGAAGGCUCUGCUAAAACAUCUUGUAUCAUUCAAAGUAUAUUGGACUCAAGAUUUUCUGUGGCACCUGGCUCAGUUAUAGAGUAUUCCAGAUUGGAAACUGAUGUGUCCAUUGGGGAAAACUGUAUUAUUAGCAAUUCCUAUAUUAUAACCAAAGCUAUCCUACCUGCUUAUUUGUUUUUGAGUUCUUUAAGUUUGAAGAUAAAUGGACACUUAAAGUAUUCAACUAUGGUAUUUGGAGUGCAGGAUGACUUGAAGAAGAAUGUGAAAACAUUGUUAGAUAUCAAGUUGCUUCAAUUCUUUGGAGUCUGUUUUCUGUCCUGUUUAGAUACUUGGAAUCUUAAUGUUUCAGAGGAACUGUUUUCAGGAAAUAGGGCAUGUUUUAGCUUGUGGACUGCUCGCAUUUUUCCAGUGUGCUCUUCUCUGAGUGAAUCAGUUACAACAUCACUAAAGAUGUUAAAUGCUGUGAAGAACAAUUCACCAUUCAAAUUGAACAGCUUUCAGCUGUUGUCCAUUGAAGAAAUGCUUCUUUACAAAGAUGUAGAAGACAUGAUAGCUUAUAGAGAGAAAAUUUUUCUAGAAAUCUGCCUAAAUAAAAAACACUCUGAUUUGGAGAUGUCUUAAAUAUAUGUUUAUAUACAUACUUUGCCUUUCAUUGGUAAUCAUACAUGCACAAAUGUAUGGGUAUACAUACACAGCAACAACAACCCCUGUUACUUUUGGGAAAGGUGAUAGGAAUGAUUAAGAUUCAUUGAUAUUCACGCAAUGUCACUAUGGAUAUUACUUUCGUAUUUACAGUAAUCUCUUUAGUGGAGCUGUUAUGUUGCCAUGAGGACUAAUAACAGUUCCAAUUUCUUACUUUCUUUGCAUAUACUCGUGACAAUACUGAGAAACAAUCAGUCAAAAGGGGAGGAGAAGGAGAGAGAUAGCAAAGGGUGGGAAAGUAGAGAAAGCACAACUUCAAGGAAAUAAGAAUUGGUGGGAAUCCUGGGUUAUCCCUGUUUUGGUCUAAGUAUAUAAGUGAAAUAUCUGUGUAUCAAACUAAGAAUUAGAAAAUGUCAGAUGUGUGUUUUAAGUUAAAUUUUGUUUACGUAUUAUCAUAAAAGUAAUAUUAAAACAGGAGUGGUUAUAUGAAGUCUUUGACUAUUUACAUGUAUAUGCUACUGUUUAUUUCCCAAAGUGAAAAUUGAUGUGGUAUUGUUUAACAUCAGUUUACUUGAAGUACUUUCAGAAGAUGUUAUGUGCUAUUCAUAAAUAUAAUUUUAUUUAAAGUGC